UCUCUCUCUCUCCCUCUCUGUGUGACAAUGGCUUCCAAUUCCAAAUCUUCAACACCUAUGGAGCGUUACGGCUACGAUGUACUGUUGGGAUCAAUCGCUGCGUUCUACGUGAUCAUGAUUCCGUACACCAAGGUUGAAGAAAGCUUUAACGUUCAGGCAAUGCACGAUAUUCUCUAUCAUCGGCAUCACUUGGAUAAUUAUGAUCAUUUGGAGUUCCCUGGAGUGGUUCCUCGCACUUUUAUUGGUGCCUUGCUUGCAUCAAUUUUGGCGUCUCCAUUUAUAUUAGCAAUGAAUUUGCUACACUUGCCAAAGCUUUAUGGUCUUAUUGCAGUUCGCUUGGCAUUAGGUUGCAUCAUAUUAAGCACUCUGCGAUUUUUCCGUCUCCAGGUCAGAGAUAAGUUUGGAAAGCACGUAGAAGCUUUCUUUGUAAUACUAACUGCAAUCCAGUUUCACGUGCUGUUCUACUGUACACGUCCUCUUCCUAAUAUACUAGCUUUUGGUGUAGUCAACUUGGCAUAUGGGUAUUGGCUAAAGGGGAAUUUUUUCACAGCUUUGAACUGUUUGAUUUUUGCUACUGUCAUCUUUAGAUGUGAUAUGCUGCUACUUCUUGCCCCUCUUGGCCUGAUGCUUCUGUUGAUGAAAUCAAUUUCAUUAUGGGAGGCAUUAAUACGCUGCAUUGGGAUAGCUCUGUUGUGCAUAGGUCUCACCGUGUUGGUUGAUUCCAUUAUGUGGAAGAGGAUACUGUGGCCUGAAUUUGAAGUUUUUUGGUUCAACUCUGUUCUGAAUCGAAGUUCUGAGUGGGGUACACAUUCCUUUCACUGGUACUUUACUUCAGCAUUGCCACGCUCAUUGCUUGUUGCAUAUCCUCUUUUUCUGCUUGGGAUCUUACUCGACAGAAGGAUUUUGCCCUUUGUUCUUCCAAUUUUAUUUUUUAUCAUACUUUACUCAAAGCUUCCCCAUAAGGAGCUUCGUUUUAUUAUUAGUUCUGUUCCAAUCUUCAACUUAUCUGCGGCAAUUGCAGCUACUAGAAUUUACAACAAUAGGAAGAAGACUUUCUGGAAGCUGCUUAAUUUCAUUAUGCUGGGAUUAUUAUUAAUCAGUCUAGGGUGCACCAUCAUAACGUUCAUGGCUUCCUACAACAAUUACCCAAGUGGUCAUGCUUUGAAAGAUUUGCACCAGAUUGGUCAUCUUCCCAACAAUACAAAUGAGCAGUGGGUUCAUAUUGACCCCUUUUCAGCCAUGAAUGGAAUCUCUCGCUUUUGUGAAACUGAGUAUCCCUGGAGGUAUUCUAAAGAAGAAGAAAUCCCUCUAGAAGAAUUUUGCCACAGAAAUUUCACCUUUCUUAUAAAUGAACAUCGCUAUAUUGAUGGAUUCAAGUGUCUAUUCUCUAUAAACGGGUUCUCAAGAACUCGUCUUGAAAUAGGCUUCCCACCGCUUUUACUGCUUAAAGAGCCCAAAGUUUUCAUUCAUGGAAAUACGAAAAAUAAGGAUGUUAUGAAUAAACAUUGGCCAGGCUGCUCGUAAUUAUUGUGAGGUCACAACCUUUUGUCUGAGGUUAGACCUGAUGGCCCAAGACCCAAGACCAACUGGACUUGAUGGUUUACAAACCAUGUUGAAGCCUAAACAGCGGUGUCAUUUGCGCAAGAUUAGUAACCUAUUUCCGUUUCUUUGUAAUACUUGAUGUAUGGUCUUAAAAUGACUACGAGCAUACUCAAUGUACAGACUCCCGUGAAUGAGAAGGGAACAGAUUUUGACCCAACA